AGCCAUCGCAAAUGAGGACAAAUCGGGGGGUAUUGGAUCGUUUCGGAGUUGGAGGUGGUGGGGCAUCCAGCCGAAAAGACAACCGCAGUGAGUUUGGAGCUGUUUGGGGGUUGAUUUGAUGCAACGAAUGCAAAGGAGCCGGAGGAUGACGACGGAAGCAAUGAGAAUAUCACACAUGUAGCUCGUUGGGGUGUUAAUAUUAUUUUCCUUCCCCCUGUCUUGCUGCCUCCCCCACCCACCCACCCACCCUCCGACCAAGACAGCCGUCGGGGAGACGGAGACAUAGAUAGAGAGAAUAAGUGCACGCCUUUGGAAAUGUUUAUCAUGAAAGAAGACGCGGAAACGAGCCGCGCCACAGCACGGGCGAGGUUUUCGGACACGCCGAGUUCGGCUCCUUGUCACGGGCAGCAGUGAGACGCAAGACCCGGGCUUUUGGAGAUGCAAAUUAGGCUGUUUGUUCUGCCUCCGUUCGAGGUGAAACACACCGAUUUUUUUGGCGUCUUAACAAACGUUGUGGAUUACAAGUGUUAACGUGACACGGUUGACGGGGGGCAGAGAGUGGGAAAGCAAAAACAAACACAAAAAAAAACUACACUGCAUGUGAAGGAGGAAAAAGCUCGAGCAGGAUUCAAGCUAACUGAGAAGGCGGCCUCGGUGUCGUCAGCCACAGUAUCCUGCCCUUUCUCUGACAGCAGAAUACGCGUUAUGGACACAUAAUUCCUACAGUGCUGCACCACGGACAGUUUUUGGAGCAGGCCAGGGACGUUACACGGCGUACAUGUGGGUGGCAUUGCUACCGAAUCCGCAUGUCAAACGAGGGAACUAGACUAGUUUAGUUUAUUUAUUUAUUUUUCUUUCAACAUAACCACCUCCACUUCUUCUUCCACCUCCUCCCCUGGACCCCCUUUUUUUCUUUUUCUUGCGGGAAGAUGGGUUGUUUGGGCAACAGUAAGACUGAAGACCAGAGAAAUGAGGAGAAGGCACAAAGAGAAGCAAACAAAAAGAUAGACAAGCAGCUCCAGAAAGACAAACAGAUAUACAGAGCAACACACAGACUACUACUUUUAGGAGCUGGAGAGUCAGGAAAGAGCACCAUAGUGAAACAGAUGAGGAUCCUUCAUGUCAACGGCUUCAAUGCAGAAGAGAAGAAGCAGAAAAUUCACGACAUCAAGAAUAACAUUAAAGAGGCUAUUGAGACCAUAGUAACCGCGAUGAGCACCCUGGCACCACCGGUACAGUUGGCAUGCCCACAGAGCCAGUACCGGAUCGAAUACGUGCUCAACCUCGUCAACCAGAAGGACUUUGAGUUUCCCUCUGAGUUUUACGCCCAUGCAAAGACACUGUGGCAGGACGAGGGGGUCAGGGCGUGCUUCGAGAGAUCCAACGAGUACCAGCUAAUCGACUGUGCACAAUACUUUCUAGACAAGAUUGACAUUGUGAAACAGAAUGACUACACUCCAACAGAUCAGGAUUUGCUGCGGUGCAGAGUUCUGACUUCAGGCAUCUUUGAGACGAGAUUCCAAGUGGACAAAGUUAAUUUCCAUAUGUUUGAUGUUGGCGGUCAAAGAGACGAACGCAGGAAAUGGAUUCAGUGCUUUAACGAUGUAACGGCCAUCAUCUUCGUGGUGGCCAGUAGCAGUUACAACAUGGUGAUCAGAGAGGACAAUCAGACCAACCGUUUACAGGAGGCCCUCAACCUCUUCAAGAACAUCUGGAACAACAGGUGGCUGCGGACCAUUUCUGUCAUCUUGUUCCUGAAUAAACAGGACCUGUUAGCAGAGAAGGUGCUGGCAGGGAAGUCCAAAAUCGAGGAAUACUUUCCUGAAUUUGCUCGCUACACCACACCUGACGAUGCGACACCGGAGCCUGGAGAAGAUCCGCGUGUUACAAGAGCAAAGUACUUCAUAAGAGAUGAAUUCCUGAGGAUCAGUACAGCCAGCGGGGACGGGAGGCACUACUGUUACCCCCACUUCACCUGCGCCGUCGACACGGAAAACAUCCGUCGCGUCUUCAACGACUGUCGAGACAUCAUUCAGCGGAUGCACCUGCGACAGUACGAGCUGUUGUGAUGGGAGAAAAAAAUAAAAAGAAGUGUUCGGCCAAAAACACAUGAACUGGACUAUGAAAAACCCUGAGUCUCUGAACUCCCCUCUUCCACAAAAGUGUGUGAGCUCUAGUGAAGGAACGGGGGCCAAAACAUACACACACACACACACACACACACACACACACAGUUAACACACCCUCAACACAGAACUUCCCCUGAUGCAAACUCCCUAUCUGCAGUAGACUGAGCUAUUUUGAUGGAAGGGCUUUUAGGGGUUAACACAUGAACGGAUUCUGAUCUCCACCUUCAGCCAUACUCCCAGCUCCACACCUCUCAACAUCUAUCGUCCCCAUACACACACACACACACACACACACGUUCCCCUCACCUUUCUAGAAAUGCAGACCGGCCCAGUCUGUGGACCGUAUGUGCUGCAGUGUGGAGGCUUGAGAAUGUGAGAUUUCCCUCUUGUUGAGGCCGGAAUAAAUAACGGAGCGAGCUACUACUUCAGUGCAACUCGGAAAAUGGAUAACUGUUGAAUUAUUGCAAAUAGAGAA